CUUCUCUCUUCUCCCCUCCCCCUUCCCUCUCUGGUCGGGGAGCCUAGGGUGCUCACGCUCAGCGAGGAGGCCGGGGCUCUACUGCCAGAGUAGCCGGGUGCGCGCUCCACUGCUACACCGGCUUCAUGACGCCCCAGGGGGCAACACGGGGGAACCCCGAGUCAGCCGCGAGGCCCCGGCUGGAUCUGCAGUUUCUCCGACGAUUCCUAAAGAUACAGUCCAUCUUGUUUCCCAGUUGUUCAUCGCAGAAUGUCUUGAUGUUCCUGACCCUUCUUUGUGUCACCCUGCUGGAGCAGCUGAUCAUCUACCAGGUGGGGUUAAUACCCAGUCAAUACUAUGGUGUUCUUGGAAACAAGGAUCUGGAUGGAUUCAAGACCCUGACAUGUCUAGCCCUUAUUCUCAUCGUGGUCAACUCCACACUGAAGAGCUUUGACCAGUUCAUCUGUAACCUGUUGUAUGUGAGCUGGAGGAAGGACCUUACUGAGCACCUUCAUUGCCUUUACUUCCGGGGCCGAAUCUACUAUACCCUCAAUGUGAUUCGAGAUGACAUCGAUAAUCCGGACCAGCGAAUCAGUCAGGAUGUGGAAAGGUUCUGUCGGCAGCUCAGCACCAUGGCCAGCAAGCUGAUCAUCUCCCCCUUCACCAUCACCUACUACACAUAUCAGUGCUUUCGAAGCACAGGCUGGCUUGGGCCAGUGAGUAUCUUUGGUUACUUUGUCCUGGGGACCAUAGUGAACAAAGUCCUGAUGGGCCCUAUUGUUUCCAAGCUGGUGCAACAAGAGAAGCUGGAAGGAGAUUUCAGGUUUAAGCACGUGCAGCUUCGGGUGAAUGCUGAGCCAGCAGCUUUCUAUAGAGCCGGACAUGUGGAACAUGUAAGGACCAAUUAUAGGCUGCAGAAACUCCUGCAGACACAGAAGGAGCUCAUGUCUAAGGAACUCUGGCUCUAUAUUGGCAUCAACACAUUCGACUACUUGGGAAGCAUCCUGAGUUAUGUGGUUAUUGCAAUCCCCAUCUUCAGUGGAGUCUAUGGAGAUCUGACCCCAGCAGAGCUAAGCACUCUGGUUAGCAAGAAUGCCUUUGUGUCCAUUUAUCUCAUCGGUUGCUUCAGUCAACUCAUUGACCUCUCGACGACCCUCUCUGAUGUGGCUGGCUAUACACACAGAAUUGGGGAAUUGCAAGAGACCCUGUUGGACAUGUCUUUAAAGCAUCAAGAUUGUGAUUCAGAAGACCCAGAUGAAUGGAAUUUUGAUGAGGCCUCAGGAUCAAAGGUAGCAGACACAGCAUUUCUCCUGGACCGGGUCUCCAUUUCAGUUCCUUUCUCUGACAAGCCUCUGAUCAAGGAUCUGAGCCUGAGAGUUUCUGAGGGGCAGAGCCUGCUGAUCACAGGGAACACGGGCACUGGAAAGACCUCGUUGCUCAGGGUCCUGGCCGGCUUAUGGGAGAACAUGCGUGGUACUGUACAGAUGCUCACCUAUUUCGGUCCUCAUGGAGUGCUGUUUCUGCCACAGAGACCUUUCUUCACCGAUGGGACCUUGCGUGAGCAGGUAAUUUAUCCUUUGAAAGAAAUCUACCCAGCAUCAGGUUCUGCUGAUGACGAAAGGAUAAUGAGGUUCUUGGAAUUAGCUGGCCUGUCCAGUCUGGUGACAAGGACAGGGGGCCUGGACCAACAGGUGGACUGGAACUGGUAUGAUGUUUUGUCUCCGGGAGAGAUGCAGAGACUCUCUUUUGCGCGACUAUUCUAUUUGCAACCUAAAUAUGCAGUUUUGGAUGAGGCCACAAGUGCUCUGACCGAAGAGGUGGAGAGUGAGCUGUACCGAAUCUGCCAACAACUGGGCAUGACGCUUAUCAGCGUGGGCCAUCGACAGAGUUUAGAAAAGUUCCAUUCUUCAGUUUUGAAACUUUGUGGAGGAGGAAAAUGGGAACUAACCCUCACCAAAGAAGAAUAAAGCAGCCGCAGAGUUGAGCAACUUCAGGAAAGAACCAAACCCUGAAUAGGUUGUUUAUCCAGAAGUGACCAGGAGAACUGAUUGAAUAAGAUAGGACUAAGCCCUUGUCUAGACUUCCUGUGGAUUGAAAGUGUCUGCUGCUGCCAGAAUCUUUAGUUGGUGCUCAGUCCCUACCUCCAGCGCCUUGUGGGGGAAAUCCCCCAAUCUCAGCCAGCACCUUGUACCCUUGAAAUGCUUAGCUGUACAAGUACCUGACAUCAUGUUUGCUAAAGAAACCACUUCCAGAUUCUUGUACACAGGGCUUCUCCAAGAGCACUGAACUGGGCCUUUCUUGGCUCUGCCAUUGACUAGGUCCAGUCUGAUUUUAAACAAGGACCUCAGAUUCCUCAUCUGUAAAAUCAAAGGGUUUGAUUAGAUAGGGGGAGGGAAAGAGAGGGAAGGGAAUAAACAUGUAUAUAGCACCUACUAUG